AUGAAGAACUGGAGCCAUGAACGGAGUGCCUGGGAUUGGGUCGGCUCAGAUUAUCGUGUCGAAACGCCGAGUGGGCAGGAGACUGGAGAUCGAGACGUCAAGAGUGACUUCGAGCUUGCCAAGGAGAAUUCCCAGGAUUUCUUCAUAUGCAGUUGCAAAAUCGCGGCGAAGCCAAGAAACCGACCACUUUUGCGAUUUGAAUGGGAUUCGUGCUUGCUUCGCUUCUCGUUUGCCUUCUUUAAGCGCGACAAGGGACCAUAG